CCUUUCUUCGUUUUAAUCACCCCCCCAUGCAUAUAUGUUGGUUCAACAUCGAUCUUCCCACCCACCCUCUUCACCAUGUCUUCUACAGUUUCCAUUCAACAAAAUCUCAGCCCUUUAUUAUCUCUAGGAACCCUAUGCAAGUCUCUAGCUAUUUCAGGCCUGGUCUUGUUUCUGUUCUACACCUUCUUGUUCAACCCUCCAAAUAAUUACCAGCCGUCCGAUCUCCUAUCAACUAUAAAGCAAAAAUGGCCAAUCAACAUUCCUCCCACUACCAACAACAUUAUUCCUCCCACUACCAACAUCAACCACAUUGUUUUUGGAAUUGUCGGCUCCAUGAACACAUGGAAGUACAAAAACUCAUACUCUGCAGCGUGGUGGCAGCCAAACAUAACCCGGGGAUAUCUUUUCCUCGACAGAGCUCCGACGCCGGAGUUCCAACCAUGGCCUUCAAAUUUCCCUCCUUUUCGUGUCAACGAGGAUGUCAGUAAGCUGAGAGCAUUUCCCAGAAUGGUGAGGCCAAUGCAGGUUCGGAUUGUGCGAACUAUAAUGGAAUUGUUUAGGCAAGGAGAUAAAAACGUGAGGUGGUAUGUAAUGGCAGAUGAUGAUACUGUCUUAUUUGUUGAUAAUUUAGUUGGGGUUUUGGCAAAAUACAACCAUUCAAAGUACUACUAUAUUGGGUCGAAUUCUGAGUGUGUUAAAUCCAACUUUGAUUUCUCGUUUGAUAUGGCUUUUGGCGGAGCUGGAUAUGCUCUGAGUUAUCCUCUGGUGGAAGCAUUGGCAGCUAAGUUAGACGCUUGUAUUGAGAGAUAUCCAUACUUGUACGUCAGUGAUUUUAUGUUGCACUCAUGUUUGGCUGAUUUAGGAGUUCCUUUAACUCACCACAAAGGGUUUCACCAGAUUGAUCUAGUCAAUGACAUAUCAGGUCUUCUAUCAGCACACCCCCAAUUUCCUUUCCUUUCCCUCCACCACAUCGACACCGUCGACCCAAUCUUCCCCUCCAUGAACCGCUCGGAAGCCAUAAACCACCUCAUGAAGGCGGCGAAAGCCGACCAGUCGCGUCUUCUUCAACAAACCAUAUGCUACCACAGGCCAACCAACUGGUCUUUCUCUAUCUCAUGGGGCUACUCUACUUAUAUCUACGAAAACAUAAUCCCUCGGAGCAUUUUGUGGAGACCCCUCGAGACAUUUAGGCCAUGGGCAAGAAAUGCAAGGCCACCCCUCUACAUGUUCAACACCCGUUGGCUCUCCAACAAUGGCUGCGAAGCUCCUCAUGUGUUUUUCCUUGAUUCUAUAGGCCGUAGUGAUGAAGGAGACCAAAUUGUAACCACAUAUAUUAGAAAAUCAGCUCGUGGUCUUCCACCCUGUUCCUUCACUGGUAAUCAUUCUGCUGAUCCAAUCACCAAAAUUCAGGUGUUUUCACCUGCAACAACACGCAUGGAGGCAGGAGGAAGAGACUGCUGUGACAUUGUAAAUAUGGGUAGAAGCAAUAAUAUUACGGAAGUAAAAUAUAGGGCUUGCAUGAAGGAUGAAGUAAUUGCCUAACUCUAAUUAACAUCAAAUUAAUGGCUUAAAUUAUACUUUAAUUCUUUUUGAGCCAAAAACUUUUGUUUAUUUUACUGGUGUACGCAUACGGAUACUUAGCAUGAAUAAUUUAUAUACAUAAGUGGCGUAAGGCUACUGUUUGG